ACGAACCAGGAACUGCUGCCCAUUCAACAGUGACACACACGUGAUAUAAAUGUCCAUAAUUCGAUAACUCAUAUAAUAUCAUUCAUACAGGCCUACCUGCCCCGACAAAAAAGGCUUACGUGUUUCAAAACUCAUUAUUUGAUAGUCUGCCUGCACGGGCUUUACCAGGAGUACUUUGAAUUUUGUGAUAUCGCACGGACGGGCGACCGCAGAAGGGUGCGAUUAUCGGCACUGUCUACGCCGGGUGCUCCGCAUGGUGAUAAGGUUGACCCGCGUACUUCGUCCGAGGGAAAUAUCAUCGGAACUACUCUCCUAGCAUCUCUAUCGAAAUGAUUGUUUAUCUAGACCAAUUAGCGGAGACUAUCCUUAGUGAUUUAUCGACCGGUGCGUAAAUCACAUCAAAAACGGAUACUUUUCGAAUCGGGGUUAUUAGUGAGAAUUCCGCAGGAACGGCCAUAAUAUUGGGUGCAUUGGCAUAAAUCGUUGGUACAUUUCGUGAUCGGAUUACUAAAGAUUUUAGCAGCACGUGGACACGUUGACUAGAAAUACAUAUUAAGGGCUGCAAAUUGAGACAACCGCUGCCAUUCGCCGGAAAGAUCAAAUGACGUCAUAUCGCUGACAUCACAGCCAAUAAUCAUGACGGUUGUUAGAAACCCGCCGGGCUUUGGCCUGAAAUUCCCAUCUCUAGUCAUUCUUGCUACCAGUCUGUUCUCCAUUCAGAAUAUCAAUUUGGUGAACUCCUACCAAUGCUACCAAUGUGUUUAUACCAACAUCAGCAAGUACUUAGAUAACAAGCUACCCAUCAAUAACGCCCCAGCCGGAAAGCAAAUGAUCCCUUUUGCAGCUUGCUCCGACACCAACACGACAAUCAAGAGCUCAACUAGCGACUAUAUUGAGAUCAAUAAAGACUGUCCAUAUGGAUGCGCGAUCAUCGUGGUCGAGUUCGGGGGAAAGAAGAUCGUGAACCGAGGAUGCGUGACCCAGCCCUUCCUCUGUGGGAACUACACAGUUGGCGAGACGUCGCAGAGCUGCUGUAAGGGCAAUCUGUGUAACGGAGGGCCGCACAAGAAACCAAAAGGCGGACCAUACUCAUGUUACCAAUGUGUUGGUUCAACGUCAAACAAGUCUAAGAUGUCCAUGAACGUGUACGCCAAUAGAACCAUGACGGUGACGAAGGAUUGUCUUGAUAACUCGUUCAAGCCGACCAGCCCCCACGUUGAGGUGAACCACGGUUGUAAAGGCGGAUGCCUGAGCGCCACGAUGGUACCGAUGGGAGAUAGGAAGAACCGUAUCGUCAUGCGGGGCUGUGCUCAGCCCAGCGGACUCCCUUGCAUUUCAAUGGCCCUGAAUCGUGAUGUGCUUAAGAUGAUUGCUGGAAUGGACAAAUACGACAGCAUGGCUCAAAAAUGUUGCAACUCGCCGUUCUGCAAUGCUGGAAGCGCUGUGAAUUUCGUCACGUACAAUGCGUCGAAUUUCGAAACAGAGUAUAAUAUUCAUAAUGAUGAGAACGGGAUGUCCACAGACAAUACCAUCAACACUUCGCCGGAGAAGGGACAAUCUCGAAGUGCGAUUGGACGAGCAUCGUCAUUAUUCAGAGAGUCCUCAACAACAGGGAUGUGCAGUUUCUCAAUACUAACGUUUAUUUUAUCACUUGCUAUAUCAUAAUUGGACAAAAAUAUAUCAAGCAUAUUAACAAUAAAAAGAGAUCGAUUCUAACCUACGCCACCAUUAAUUAAAAAGCAUGUGUACAUUUUGUAAAUAGUAUGGGUGUUGAGAAUAGUCGUCCCGAAGGAAUUUUUGGUGUUAUUCAUUGCACACCUAUCGGAUGCAUUUGUGCACGAUUCUACGAUCAUGUUUUCAUUUGCGGUAAAAACACAUUAGAGGGUUAAAGGGUCAAACAUUAAACAGACGGGGUUUUGGAGAAAGGCACUGGCCAUUUGUAGGCCACUGAAUAGCCAAAUCAUAUUGCGGUAACUUUGGGCUCCGUGUGAGUUCUAGUGAGUUUUUGACGCUGAGCGAGAACACCUUCAAAAAUCGUGUCGUGGGAUUAGGUAACGAGAAUACAUGUACAUGUAGUAAAUUUAAAUUAAUGUGCUAUCGAAUGUUUUUAAAAAGUUUUGUGCAAUUAAUAAAUGAAAAUAAUACUUCGUCGAUAUGUGCUAAUCUGAUUCUGAAAUAAUUUCACUGUACAUUCCCUGUAGAAGUUAGUACGGUUAAAACAUUCCAAGGUAUUGCAUGUAUACCCAAUGACAAAAUAAUUUGUAAAUAAACGAUUGGACGUUUUGUAUCAUCAUAAAGAAGUUGGGCCAGUGAUUGGAGAUAUAGGAUGAGAUUUUCCUAUAUGUCUUAUGUACACUUGUGAAUAGUUUCGAUGCAAUAUGAGAUGGGAGAGACUCCUAUCGGCGACUGUGUGUAGCUUACCCUGACCUGCCUGGCUCCUGCCUAUAUUCCCUAGAAACAGAGCAUUGGCAGUGAUCAAGGCUAAAUUAGAGAUAAUUUACCGACGGUAACCAUCUGACCUCAACAUUACGGAAGGCGAUGCACUACAAACAUUGUAAUCAGACCAGACCGUGCUUUGAUUUUGUGGUUUGAUGAGACCUUGGUAAUAGAACAGGCAAGACGUGUUCCUUGAUAAACAUAUAUAGUAUGUCUAUGACCUCCCUCACAUCCAGUAUCUUGAUUAUCAAAAGUGAUGAGGACAAUAUUGUAAAUAAGUCGAAAAGUAAAUAAGUUAUACUUUUAUAUGAA